AUGGCGGCAAGAUGCUCGGCAGGUCAUACGCUCUUUCUUCCAUUUCUCUACCCAUCGUUGUUCGUUGGCAGAAAUACGACGGCACCUCGCCUUGCUGCCCGAGCUGUCGCAUGUCGCCGCCAUAGCUCGACCAAUGUCGCCCAGGAACCCAAGACCAGCCGACUAAACCCAGCCCCUGACGACUAUUCUAUGCCCAUUUUCGCCGACAAAGCCUCAGUAACCCUCUAUGCUGGUCCAGGUGGCCACGGUUGUAUCUCGUUUUUCCGCGACGCAUACCUUCCCGACGGCCCUCCGAAUGGCGGCGAUGGCGGUCAUGGUGGCAACAUCUACAUACAAGCAGUACACGGCGAAACCUCUCUGCACAAGCUAGCCAGGAGGCGCUUCAUUCGGGCUGGGAAAGGAAAAUCCGGCCAGGGCAGCUCAAAAGGAGGUCAGCGAGGCGACGAUGUCAUCAUCACUGUGCCGGUCGGCACCGUAGUGCGCGAGUUGAGCAGGGAAGACCCGGUCGCCGAGGACGCCAUGCUGCAGCGCUCCAUGAAAGCACAGAAGAAGGCUGAGAAGCGCGCGAGAAUGGCGCGCGAGACAGAGUUGGCGAGAAAAGAGUUGGAGGAAGGGCUGAAAGAAGAGGAUGAAGACUUGGACGACGAGGAAAACAGGAGCACGAAAAAGAUCGUUGAGGAUGAUUUCGAUGGGCCCGAGGAUCCCGACCGGAACAAGUUCCUUCUUUACCCCGGGCUUUCAAAGUCUGACCUGAAAACAAUAUCUCUCCCCCGAGCUCCGACCCGUACGCGCCUCUAUCACCAGCCGGCCGGUCCGAUCCAGCUUGAUCUGUCGCGCCCUUCCCCUCAACCCAUCUUGCUGGCUGUUGGCGGCAUAGGCGGCCUUGGCAACCCUCACUUUGUGUCGCGAGAGUACCCACGACCCAUCUUCGCCACCAAAGGCGAGCGUGCUGUGACCAUGGAGAUUGAACUCGAGCUCAAGUUACUUGCCGACGUCGGUCUUGUUGGAUUGCCUAAUGCUGGCAAGAGCACGCUGCUCCGUGCGCUCACAAACUCGCGCACACGUGUGGGCAACUGGGCCUUCACGACGCUGCAGCCGAACAUUGGCACAGUUGUCUUGGACAACUACAAGGGCCGGCCCGUUAUCAAGAGCUACAAGCGCUACCCGGCCAUCGACUCCAAGCACGGCGGGCCACGCGAGGAGGAAAUCCUUGUCGAGCAACGAACCCGCUUCACGGUUGCCGAUAUACCGGGCCUGAUCGAGGGUGCUCACUUAGACCGGGGUCUUGGCAUCGCAUUUUUGCGCCACGUCGAACGUGCGGGCGUGCUUGCUUUCGUCGUCGACCUCUCGGCGGGCCCGGCCGUGACGGCGCUCAAGGCGCUGUGGAACGAGGUCGGACUUUAUGCUCAAAUGCGUGAGGAGGAAGAGCGCGCCCGCGAAAUCGACUCCCGUGUCGACUGGGGUCUCAGCUCCGACGCCCACGGAAAUACGCCGUUCGGGGGCACGAUGAUGGUGGCGGAUGCUCCCUCGGCACCCAAGCAGGAAACCGGCUUGCACAUUGCGGCCAAACCUUGGUUUGUGGUCGCCACCAAAGCCGACCUUCCCGAGACACAGGAGAACUUCAAGGAGCUGAACCAGUACCUUGACCAGAUCAACCAAGGAACCACUCCUCACCCAAGCGGGAUUGAGAAUGCCUGGACAGAGAAGUGUACCGUGAUCCCCGUGAGCGCCAUCAACGGCCAGGGAGUUGAUCGGAUUGUUCACUGGACUGUAGGAUUGCUCGAUGAGUAG